CACGGAUGAGCGGGUAUCGUGGCUGGACAACGUCGUCCACCGCUCGGCUGUCGAUGACGGCCCAUACUCCCGCGCCGGCUGAUGCCCACAAGCGGCCCCGACAGCCAGCACUCCGGAGCGCGCGGGGUGAUAAAAGAGAUGUCGCGGCCCCACGAACCCCUCAUCCCUGGACUGGAGUUCUCCACCGACUCCACACCACUUGACAGCAUACACAGACACGCGAGCUGGCCUCGACAUGGUCUCCAAGUCGAUCAUCUUCUGCUUUGUCGCCGCGUUCGGCGGCUGGGUCUUCGGAUAUGAUAUCGGGUAUAUCUCGGGAUGCCUCAUCAUGGACCCGUUCGUCGAGAUGAUGGGCGAGUUCAAGGACGGGGCAUGGGUGCUCGAGCCGAAGCGGCAGAGCAUCAUCACCUCGCUCCUCUCGGCGGGCACAUUCUUCGGUGCCAUUCUCCAGUCGUUCACGGCCGACCGCCUCGGGCGCAAGUACAGCAUCAUGGCAUGGGGUGCUGUCUUCACAGUCGGCACGGUAAUCCAGACGGCAGCCUUCGGCUAUGUCCAACUCACCGUGGGGCGGUUCUUCGCGGGCCUCGGCGUCGGUGCCCUUUCAGCCAUUGUGCCGCUGUACAUCGGAGAGGCGGCACCAAAGCAUAUUCGCGGCACCCUCCUCGUGCUGUACCAGGUGCAGAUUAUCUCGGGCCUCUUCCUCGCGUACAUCGUCAACUUUGCGACGCACAAGAUGACGAACGACGCGUCCUGGCGUAUCCCAAUUGGCCUGCAGCUCGCGUGGGGUCUCUUCCUUAUGGCGGGCGCUGCCGUGCUUCCCGAAUCGCCACGACUCCUUCUCGGCAAAGGCCGCGAGGAGGACGCCUACAAGGCUAUUGCGAGCCUCAACGACUGCGCCGUCGACAGCGCCAAGACGCGUGAAGUCGCGCUCGAGCUCGAGGAAGCGAUUGCUGCCGAAAACGCGGAAGGAAAGGCAUCAUGGCUGGAGUGCUUCUCAAUCAAAAAUCGCAUGUUCCACCGCACCAUGAACGGCAUCAUGAUCCAGUUCCUUCAGCAGCUCAACGGCCAAAACUUCUAUUACUACUAUGCGCCCGUGUUCUUCAAGAACAUCUCGGGUGAUCUUAACGCGUUCACGAUCCAGCUCCUGCUGGGCGGCGUGUCUUUUGCCAUGGUUAUGCCGGCCAUGUGGACGAUCGAGCACAUGGGCCGUCGAUCCAGCCUGCUCAUCGGCGCAGCAUGUAUGGCCGUCUGCGCGCUCGUUGCCGGUCUCGUAGGCCAUUUCUUUACAGACACGCCCGGCGUCCCCGCCGACAAGCAGAAGAUCGGCAGCAAUGUCCUUGUGGCCUUCGCCAUCCUCCACGUCUCCUUCUUCUCCUGGUUCUGGGGACCCACUCCCUGGGUGCUUCUCGGCGAAACGUUCCCUCUCCGCGUGCGCCCCAAGGCCAUUGCGCUCGGCGCGGCCUCCAACUGGUUCUGGAACUUCAUGCUUGGCUUCUUCUCGCCCCUCAUCGCGGACGACAUCGGCCCCCUCAUCCUCCUCAUCUUCUUUGGGUGCCUCAUCGCCGCCAUCUUUUACGUGUUCUUCUUCAUCCCCGAGACCGCGGGGAUCACGCUCGAACAAGUCGACGAGCUGUAUCGCUCGGGCGUGCCUGCAUGGCGCUCGACAACGUGGAAGCCCUCCGAGCGGCGGGUGACGGCGCGCGACGAGAAGUCGGACGAGGCUGCACACCACGAGCACGUCGAGGCCGCGGCUGUGCUCGCCAAGCCAUCUUCGCGCGUCUGAGGCGCGCGGUGUCACGUGUAAAUAUGUUAUGUUAUAAGUUGUUUGAAUCAGGCCAGAGCUGAGGGUGAAGGGCGAGGGGGCGUCGGAUCGUCCUUCAUUCCUGUCAUUUGGCACAGGGUCAACAAUGACCUUGAGUCAGCGCCGACCGGAAUAGGUGAGGCAAGCCCUGCUAGUUUCACGACUGAAGUGCGGGAUCAACAUAACAAUGCAGAACGGAUGGUGCGAUGGCCAUUUG